UCGUGAGGUUCCCGGAGGUCACGGAGCAGCUCCGCCGGUGCCGGAGUGUCCUCACGACCCUUCUGUCUUUCGUUUGCAGCGGGUUUUUCGGCGAACCCGACUCCUUCUCGAUGUACGGCAGCAACCGGGUGAAGAGGAGACCGUCUCCCUACGAGAUGGAGAUCACCGACGGUCCUCAUACGAAAGUGGUUCGUCGCAUUUUUACCAACAGCCGGGAGAGGUGGAGACAGCAGAACGUCAACGGGGCCUUUGCAGAGCUUCGCAAGCUCAUCCCUACCCACCCGCCCGACAAAAAACUCAGCAAGAACGAGAUCUUGCGCCUGGCUAUGAAAUACAUCAACUUCCUGGCCAAGCUGCUCAACGACCAGGAGGAAGAAGGAAACCAAAGGGGCAAAGUGAACAAAGACUCUGGGAUAGUCCAGGAAGACCUCCUGCAGGACAUGUUGUCUCCUAACUCUAGCUGUGGAAGUUCUUUAGACGGAGCAGCAAGCCCAGACAGCUUCACAGAAGAGCAUGAAACACUAGAUUCGAAGCACACGCGGAGCCUGCACCAUGCCAUUCUCCCUGUAGAAGGCAAUGCGCAGCGGUGAUGACCUUCCUCAUCGCUCCCAAAGCACCAAUGGGGAAGGCAAGACCUGAGCAUGCGGGUGCUGGAGUUAGUGCCUGUGGGAUUUGUGACUCUGCCUUUCGCCAUGGGCUCCCUGGCCUUCCCAGCCCGGGAUGGAGGAGCCGGCACGUUGGCUGAGGACAAGACCAAACCAGAUGGACGUUCAGUAUUUAGGUACGUGAUCGUACAAAGAAGAAAAGCAUUGAAGUCAUCUUCAUUGUACAUACUGCUCGUGA